UGAAGCCCAAGAGGCGGGGUUUGCGCAACUCGAUCUUUGGUGAAUCAAUCAAAAUCUGCCCCGUUUGAGGGGUCAGUGGGAGACUGGAGGAGCCGGGCUUCAUUUGGGAAGAGAUCUGGCUGCAAUCAAGAAAAGCUGCGUUUUUUAGUUGAGGCUGGGCUAUUUGGGACGGUGGGUCUGCGGAGAGGCAUCGCAGACGUCGAGGGAAGGAGGCGGAGAGCAGACGGCACUCCGCACAGAUGCAUGACUGCAGGAGUGCAACAGAUCCGUCCUCUAAAUGCAGUUAAAUCUGCAUCGAGUAUUUCUUUUUAACCACUAAAGACUCAAAGCCGGCAGUCUUCUCAGUUGUCUUUACAGCAAGCCUAUACUGUUCUGGGGGGAAAUGCAUUGGGACAGAAUGCAGUAAACUUUACAUGCAGAUCGGACGAAUGUGCAGGAGUUUUAAGAAGAAACGCAUCGAAAGGUUUCUCCUUUUUCCCCCCCUGCGGAAUUACUUCAGCAUACUUGCCCGAAAAUGAAUAUACGGAGAGGAGGCGCAUUCCCUUGCAUCGCACUACAGGUAUUUAUUUGGGUUCUGGCAUUAACGCAGCAUGUUUCUGGGAAGACGAUAAAAUAUAAAGUGUACGAGGAGCAGAAAGUGGGCACGGUGAUUGCAAGACUUAAAGAGGACGUCGCGGAUGUUUUAUCCAAACUUCCAGGCUCGGUCCCCCUGCGCUUCCGAGCCAUGCAAAGGGGCAGCACGUCAUUCUUAUCGGUUCGGGAGCAGGAUGGAGAAAUUAGCAUCGGAUCGAAAAUCGACAGGGAAAAGCUGUGCGAGAAAAACCUAAACUGCUCUAUCGAGUUUGAUGUGAUUACACUGCCGACAGAGCAUUUACAGCUGUUUCACGUCGAAGUAGAAGUGCUGGACAUUAAUGAUAAUUCUCCGCAGUUCUCUCGUGCCAUCAUCCCUAUCGAGGUAUCCGAAAGUGCCGCUGUAGGGAUCCGCAUCCCCCUGGAUAGCGCUGCGGAUCCAGACGUAGGUGAAAACUCACUCCAUACCUAUUCUCUUACCCCGAAUAACUUUUUCAAAAUUGAUAUCAGGACGCGUACGGACGGAGCCAAGUAUGCGGAGCUUGUUGUCGUGAGAGAGCUGGACAGGGAGGUGCAGUCAAGCUAUGAACUCCAGCUAGUGGCUUCUGACAAAGGGGUGCCGCCUAAAUCCGGCUCAACUCUUCUCAAAAUUACCAUCUCCGACUCCAACGAUAAUAGCCCUGUUUUUGAGGAGCAGUCCUAUGUGAUUGAGCUGCUGGAGAAUUCCCCUGUGGGCUCCCUGCUUAUCGACCUGAACGCAACAGAUCCAGACGAGGGUACCAAUGGAAAAAUCGUGUAUUCUUUUAGCAGUCACGUGUCUCCAAAGAUUCUGGAGACGUUUAAAAUAAACCCCGAAAAUGGCCAGCUGACGCUUAUUAAGAGGGUGGACUUUGAGAACACGGCUUCCUAUGAGAUUGACGUUCAGGCCCAAGACCUUGGACCUAAUUCAAUGCCGGCCCACUGUAAAAUAAUUAUCAAAGUGGUUGAUGUUAAUGACAAUAAACCUGAAAUCAGUAUCAAUUUAAUGACCCCUGGAAAAGAGGAAGUUGCCUACAUAUCAGAAUCUGCCCCUAUUGACACGUUUGUUGCUUUGGUCAGGGUUGAAGACAUGGACUCUGGCUCAAACGGGGAAGUUGUGUGUAGAUUGCAUGGUCACGGACAUUUUAAGCUGCAUAAAACCAAUGAGAAGAACUACAUGAUCUUAACGAAUGUUUCCUUAGACAGAGAAAGGAGGUCUGAGUACAGUCUAACUGUGAUGGCAGAAGACAAAGGAAUCCCAAGUCUUUCCACCAUUAAACAUUUUACAGUACAGGUUCUGGAUGAGAAUGACAAUCCACCUCGUUUUGAGAAGAGCAGAUAUGAAAUAUUUAAGUCAGAAAAUAAUUCUCCGGGAGCCUAUCUGACAUCAGUGGUGGCCAGUGAUCCUGAUCUUGACACAAAUGGUCAGGUGACCUACACCAUUCUGGAGAGCUUCAUCCAGGGUAGCUCUAUAUCAACCUACGUCACCAUCGACCCCUCCAAUGGCGCCAUCUAUGCACUGAGGACUUUUGACCACGAGGAUGUUAACCGGAUCACGUUUGUCGUGCAAGCGAGAGAUUCUGGUGAGACUCAGCUGUCCAGCAACACCACCGUGGUGCUCACCAUCCUGGAUGAAAACGACAACUCCCCAGUCAUCGUUGUCCCACAGCUGCUGAACUACACCGCCGAAAUUCCCGUCUCGAGGUAUGCCGAGGUGGGACACCUGAUCACUGUUAUCAGAGCCACGGAUAGAGACGCCGGGGUUAAUGCGGAACUGACGUGUUCGAUUGUCGCCGGGAAUGAAGCCGGCUACUUCGUCAUGGACCCGAAGAAGUGUGAGAUACGCGCCAACGUCAGCAUGAAGGAGGUGCCUCUUGAACACUUGGAGCUUGUGAUCAUAGUGCAAGACAAAGGAGUCACACGACUGACUGCUAAAGCAGUUUUAAAGUGCACUUUGUAUGAAAACAUGGAUGGCCAUAUUCUGCCACCGUUAACAAGCAACAAUCGCCCUGGCCUUGAUGUCUCUAUGAUCAUCAUCAUAUCUUUAGGAGCCAUCUGUGCAGUGCUCCUAGUCAUCAUGGUGAUGUUCGCCACAAGGUGCAACAGAGAGAAGAAGGACGUGAGAUCUUAUAACUGCAGGGUGGCGGAGUCGACCUACCAGAAUCACCCCAAGAAGCCCUCCAGGCAGAUCCACAAAGGAGACAUCACCCUUGUGCCAACAGUCAACGGGAGCCUGCCAAUCAGGUCCCACCACAGGUCGCCGUCAUCCUCCCCAGCCAUGGAACGGGGUCAGAUGGGCAGCAGGCAGAGCCAUCACAGCCGCCAAUCACUGAACAGCCUGGUGACCAUAUCUUCCAAUCACAUCCCAGAGAACUUUGCCCUUGAGCUUGCGCACGCCACCCCCCCAGUGGAGCAAGUCUCACAGCUUCUGUCCAUGCUCCAUCAGGGCCAGUACCAGCCCAGACCGAGUUUCCGUGGCAAUAAAUAUUCAAGAAGCUACAGAUAUGCCCUACAAGAUAUGGAUAAGUUUAGCUUGAAGGACAGUGGGAGAGGAGACAGCGAAGCCGGGGAUAGUGACUACGACUUAGGGAGAGAGUCACCGAUCGACAGGCUGCUUGGUGACCUGAGCUUCGGUGACCUGUUCCUCGCAGAAGGACACCAGAGGAUGCAUGCAGCGAUGAAGCUUUGCACGGAGGAGUGUAGACUCCUGGGACACUCGGACCAGUGCUGGAUGCCUCCUCUGCCCUCGCCAGCAUCCUCCGACUACAGAAACAACAUGUUCAUUCCCGGAGAGGACCCUCAGCAGCCUCGCAGGGAGGAAGAACAGUCCCCUAUCGACUCCGGCGACCGCAAGAAGAGCUUCUCUACGUUCGGGAAGGAGACUGAAGGGGACGCCGAGGAGGUGGCAAGUGACCUGUGCGGCUCCUCCCUCCUCUCGGAGAUGAACAGUGUCUUCCAGCGUCUCCUGCCACCUUCUCUGGACUCCUACGUGGAGUGCAGCGAGACGGAGAGAGUGAGCUCCCUGGAGCGCAGGAAAGGACACUUACCAGGGAAGUCCAGCGCGUACCCCCAGGGAGUGGCAGCGUGGGCGGCCAACACGCACUUCCAAAACCCGGGCAACAGCAUUGGGCCCAGUCAGGCCGGUCACAUGACCAGCCAGGCCGGUCACAUGACCAGCCAGGCCCCUCUGAAGUGGCUGCCGGCCAUGGAGGAAAUUCCCGAAAACUAUGAGGAGGACGAGUUCGAUAAUGUCCUCAGCCACUUGCAGGGCGGACGCAGCGACAGUCGACACGAAAUCAUGGACGCCAGCGAGCUGGUGGCUGAGAUUAACAAACUUUUACAAGAUGUCCGGCAGAGUUAGGACUGGGGACGGACCCUGUCAGUUUUGUUUUUUCCAUAUUUAUGGGAAUAAAGGAAACUACCACAAUCUGUCAGUUGCAUUUAUAAUGUCAAUGUGUAUGUAAUUCUGAUUAUUAUUAAAUAUGUUGUAUUUUGCUGUUCGGUACACAGUGUACACAAUGUGAGU